UCAAAAUGGCUGACAAUUACAAACAAGUGAAAUCUGGGCGUUUAAAACUUAAAGGAUUAGACGAUAGCUUACGGAAAAAGAAGCACAAGAAGAAGAAGAGGGAAAGAGAGGAAGAGGAGCCAACAGAUGUUGAUGCGCUCCGUCAUGGAGGUUGGAGAAAAGUGGAAAACUUUCGUGAAGUUAGCGGUAACAUUGCACUGCAAACUUUCCAGACAACCUAUAUCGAGGCACUUAACACUGGAUUGUUCACAGUUGGUGAACUGAGAGAUGAUGGUGAAAAUUCGCCGGCACCUGUUGAAGUGUUUACAGCUGUUCCACUUUCCGAGAAAAAUAUUGCCUUAAAAUCGGGUUAUGGAAAAUAUAUGUCUGUUGAUAUGAUGGGAAAUGUCACUGGAAGAUCAGAUGCAAUUGGUCCUCAGGAACAGUUUGAGUGUGUCUUUGAAGAAGACAAAGUUGCUUUUGAAACAUAUAAUGGCUGCUAUUUGUCUGUCAAUGAAGAUGGGCAACUCUCUGCAAGCAAAAAAACUGUUGGAGAGAAGGAGACAUUCCAUGUUCGGACCAGUGUUCCAAAAGUUAAAGUGUGCACCAGCAGUUUACCUGAGGGAGAAAAAGAUCUGCGGAAUCAUGAAAUUAGUUUUGUCAAGAAAUUCCAAAGUUUUCAAGACAGGAAUUUGCGUCUGAGUGAGGAGGAGAAUAGCAGAUUGAAAAAAGCAAAAACUGAUGGUAAACUUCAUGAAGAAAUGUUAAACAGGAGAGAAAAGAUGAAAGCAGAUAGGUAUUGUAAAUAAAUUGACAAAGAUCUGAAGUGUCAAUCAUUGUCAGAGACACAUUGAUCUAGUGUUACAGUUUGGGGAAUACCUUGUAACAUGAUGCUUGGUAUUACAAAGCCUUUUGUACUCAUCUUGUGCCCCAUUGUUGGGCUGCAUCAUAACUUUUGCAACAUGCAUGUAAUACUGAACUUGUAAAAUUAAAGCUAUAUAGGAGAGUUGCACUUAAGUAGUUUCAUUGAAGCAGUCAAGCAGCUUAUCAGCUGCCAGAAAUGCUUGGAAUCACUCAUCUUUCAAACUGUUUUUUCACUUUGCUAUUUGAGGUACAAAUCUACUUGUAUAACCAGGAUUUUUGCCAAUCCUGGCCUAGAGAACUGGCAGAAAUCACUUUUUUAUGAUCUAGUGGAAUUAAGUAAAUGAUAUUUUAUGUGUAAUAGCUGUUUUUAUUGAUAAGGCUAAGAAUUGAUGUAUUAGUGGUUAUGAGUUCCAAAAUAUUCUUCUCACCACUGUCCACCAUAAGUUUAAUAUUUGGAUGUUAUUUCCAACAACUUGGUAUUGCAAUAAGAAACUUUUUCUCAAGAUCUUGCAGAAAUGCACUUGCAACAUACAUGGAUGAUAUAUUUACAAGCAUAGGUCUGGUAAGGUUUUAUUGUCUUUGCUAUUUAGAGAUUCUGGCUUUUUUUCCAGCCCAGUGGGAUAGAUGGAAUACCUGUUUGAUUGGUGACCCUGUUCCAAAAUAGACUUCUGUUACAAAAUUUGCCUCUUCAUAGAAGGAAUUAGGUGUAGUUAGUUUUAGUAUUCCACUAAUCAGAUCCUCACAAAGAAAUAAAAUAGAAAAGAGGUCUAACAAAUAACAUCAAAUUUUUUAUUGGAAUUCCUAGAAAAAUAAUUUGCUCCUAAAAUAGUUUUCAGCAUUACGCACAAUACAACAAUUAAUUUCUUACAAAAUGUUUGUUUUUGUAAAAUUACUUCUAACCUGUUUCUGCAAAGUCUGAUAUUUACCUCAUAAUUUUUGAGAAGCAACCCAUCCCUCAUCUCUCUGUUCAUUGUUAAAAGAUAGCUAUCAACUGCCUAAUGUUACAUUUAUUAUGGUUAAGUUAUUCUUACAAUUACACUUAAUUUAUGCCAUAGGCUAAUUGCUUGUUAGAGGUCACCCCCAUGAAGUGAGGAUUUGAAAUAAAUUUUAAAUGAUGGGAAAGUUUUUCUAUGUUCUUCUUGAUUUAUAAAUUACAGGAAACCAAAGGGAACUGUUCAUUGUUUGCCAGUCAGUUGCCACAGUCUUAGCAAGGCUCCUUUGGUACACAAUUAUUAUUUGGUGGUAACAAUGUACCAAGAACCCCCAGUUUCUUUUCUGAACUCUCUUUCUUUUCAACUGUGGAUCGCUGAUGGCUUUUCACCCAUUUCUCUUUCGUUGAUUAAGUGCUAAUUGUACUUAUGCGGUGGUACCUGCAAUUACUCUCAUUACAAAACUAUUAGAUCAUUAAAACAUUUGUUAGACAUA